AUGACAGGACCACCUGCAGGACCAGAUCCAAAACGUCGUGAGCAGCUUGCCGCCAGGCUCUUCUCCCUACUAAAGAAGACGCGACAGAAUGAGAAGAAGGAGCUUGGGGUUCCGGGGACACAGAAGACGAGUGCUUGCGCUGCUUCCAGAACGAAGAAGAGAAAGUGGUACCAUCGCAUGGGGUUCACCACGACCAAACAUAUUGUUACGCCACCGUUGAUGAAGGAUUACGAGAUGACCGACGCCAUGCAAACCCCGGACGAGAUAUUGCUUGAUCUAGAACACUGCAACCUUGGAAGUGCUCCAUGGCAAGGAGGCUACGAUGUGACUCCGGGAGAUAUGGUCACAGAAGGUGUUACUAGCACCGACGAACUCUCGGAUCCUUUCGAGUUCCGUUUUGAUUGUCACAUAGCUACCCGCGACCCUUUGCAACAUAUGGACUUGGACGAUGAAACAGAGAAGAAAAAUCAUGACAACUCCGCCAACAAAAUCCCAACGCCAAGACGAGCAGCAAAACCAACAGCAACACGAACAGCAAAACGAGCAGCAAAAAGAACGCAGAAACCACGUAUACCUAUCGUUGAGGUGCCAGGUUACGACAUCUUCCACCAUAGUUCACCUUGGAAUUCGGGGAGUGUCCCCAAGCACACGCCUCCAGCAAGCGCCGAAGACGACUUCACCUUUGGCACACCGGGCGAACAAUUACCAAUUCGACCACUCGGUGAAGGUAUGAAGACAUAUGUAUUCCAAGAUCAAUUCGAAGAAGAGGAUUCAGAAGAAGAAGAACGUUCCGAAGAAGAGCAAAGUGAACCUGAACUGGCAUUCUCCGAGGAGGAGUUGAACUUCAAGGCUGGACGGGGAGGUUUACGAGGAAAAGGCAACGUGCAAGCUCCGAUGGGUCAACCCUUGCGGAACAAGCUUUAUCCGACGACCACUAGUUCACCUCCGAGUCUUGGCACUGAACCAUCGCCAUCGCCAUCGCGCCCGUACUACCUGUCAGCAAUGCUCAACGAACCAUUAGCUUCUCUUCUAAACACCUGCCUUGAGAUCCGGGAUGGAGUGAAGCCUCGAGGUUUCUGUCCAAAGCCAGACGAGGUGCCUGCUACUCUCAUCGCCGCUAAACCUCUCCCGCACGAGGAGGCCGCCGAGGCUUGGGCAUUAAAGUGUGCCUCUUGGAUUUCGAAAACUCCCCAAUCUUGA